ACAUACUUCUUUUUAAGCAGAGGCGCGGGUUCAAUUCCCGCCUGUAGCCCUGGGUGUUCUUUCAUUACUAUGUAAUGUACAUCUUUCAUGUGUAUUUUCCCGGAAAUAAAAUAUGGAAAAAGUUGUGGAUUAUUAGAGAUAUGAAUGCAGUUUAACAAUGAAUGUGUUGAAACUCAGAAGCUCACUUUUCAUUUACAAGAGCCAAAUUUCCCCAAUAGUACCACUUUGCAAUCACUUAAAAUACUUUUCAAGUUACCUUGGAAACUGGACUCCCCCUGUAGGAUCUGAGACUGGCUUAAAAGUUUACAACACUGCUGUCAGUAAAAAAGUACCUUUGGUUUUAAGAAGAAAAGGUGUUGCAACAUGGUACAUGUGUGGGCCCACUGUCUAUGAUGAUUCUCACAUUGGUCAUGCUUGCUCCUACGUCAAGUUUGACAUUAUUCGAAGAAUCAUGGAAAAAGUCUUCAAUAUCAAUGUUUUAUUGCUGAUAGGUGUAACCGAUAUUGAUGAUAAAAUAAUUAAAAAAGCUCAGCAGCAAAAUCGCCCCAUCUUCGAAAUAUCUAAAAGGUAUGAGGUGGAAUAUUUUGAUGAUAUGAAGAUGAUGGGAGUCCUACCCCCAACGCGUAUUUCUCGAGUUUCUGAAAGCAUCCCAUUAAUUAUCUCCUUUUGUGCAGAACUAAUCAAGAAUGGUUAUGCUUAUGUUACUAAACAAGGUAGUGUGUAUUUUGUGGUGAGUAAAGGCAUAUCAUCUGACUUAGCCCAAGAGAUGCCUGCAGAAGUGGAAGCAACGAUAGAUCCUGAAAAGAAAGAUCCUCGCGAUUUCGCUCUUUGGAAGGCUGCUAAACCUGGUGAGCCAUUCUGGUCAUCCCCGUGGGGGGAAGGCAGACCAGGGUGGCAUAUUGAAUGCUCUGCCAUGGCCAGCCACAUUUUUGGGUCUCAGUUGGAUAUUCAUUCUGGAGGUUCUGAUCUGUUGUUCCCUCAUCAUUGCAACGAGAAGUCACAGUCUGAAGCCUACCAUGGAUGCAGUCAGUGGGUCAACUACUGGUUGCAUGCAGGGCUUCUUCAAUUACAAGAGGAUACAAAAAUGUCUAAAUCUGUUGGAAACACAAUAACUGUGAAGGAAUUUUUAAGAGAAAAUUCUGCAAAUGAUUUUCGAAUUUUGUGUUUGCAGUCACUUUAUCGUAAAAAUAUUAUCUACAAUACAGAGCUGUUAUCUGGAGCUCAAGCCUUGCACAAAAAGUUUCACACCUUUAUUAAUGAAUCUGAAUUGUAUAUAAAAGGAGAAUUAGGCUUUGUGUCAUUUGAUGGUAGUGAGAUACUGCAAAAACUGUCAAGCACAAAGGAAAAGAUCAUAUCUUUACUUGCUAAUGAUUUCAACAGCAGUCAAGCCCUUCUUUGCUUAACUGACUUGAUUGACGAAGUCAACAAGUGCCUUCAAGUUUCUGCUGACGCUAAGGCAAACAAUGUGGAUGGUCUCGUAGCAGUCGCUGCUUGCAUGAAUUAUGUGGAUUCAAUUCUGGAGAUACUUGGAGUCACGGUGAUCUGUAAAAAGAGGUUGCCUUUGAGUGUUGUUCAUGUCAUUGAUGAAGCUGUGAAAUUCAGAAACCAAAUUAGAUUAUUAGCUCUGCAUCCCAUAACAUUAGCUCCCGAACAGACACAAACAUGUUCUGAGUAUCUUGAAUGCAUUUAUAACUCAUCCACAAAUAAAAUGAAAAUUAUUUCUGAAAUAUGUUCAGAAAAAGCUAUUACCGAAACGGAGAAAAUCCUUGGAAUUUAUCGUCUUAUUUCCCAAGCAGUUGAUAUUCUUUAUGAUAAAACUUCAAUUUUCAUGAAGAUGGAACAAAUGAAUGAUUUUUAUCUGAUGAAAAAAGAGAAAAUGUCAAAAGAGGAUAGGAAAAAAAUGUCUCCUCUUCUUACUCUCUGUGAUGAAUUUAGAUCUUCUGUACAAGAGUUGGGGAUAGGUAUAAAGGAUCGAAGUGAUGCAUCCUCGUGGAUUCCACUUGUAAAUUACAAAAGCCAUAUGUAGUUACUCAAUAAAAUACCCAUUGAAAGAGUGUUUAAGUACAUUACUUAUGUAUAUAAACUCCGAUAUAAUGCCACUAUCGGAUCCGAUUCUAUGGUGGCGCUGUAUUAAGUUUGGCGGUUCAUCGAAUUUUACACAAAAAUGUAGAAUAGUAUUAUUAAGAAACAUGAUGAAAUAAAGCAUGUUCUU